CAGGUGGGUGAGGAGUGAGGUCUUCUCCAGGCUGGCUGGAAUUGGGCAUGUUCUCCUGUACCAACUGAGCUUCAUCCCAACUGCAGCUGCAAGUGCUCUUGGCACAGCAAAGCCUGUGACCAUCCUGGGUUUCUGCACCUUAGCACUCCCAAGAAAUUGCGAAUGACGGAGCCAUGGGGGUGUCGAAAGCCAGGGAGGUGAAGAGCAGCAGCAGGAAGCGAAAGAAUGAGUUGGAAAACGGGCAGGACAAGCCAAAGGAGCUGGAAUGCACAGAGAAGCCUUCCAUGGUAAAAGGGAAGAAGAAAGAAAAAUCAAAAGCCAAGGAAAAGCCUCUGCAGGAGAACAUCAUCAGCAGCUCCCUGGAGCAGGAGGCUGUGGAUGGGAACGGCCUUGGCUCCAGCCUCUGGAAUGGGAUCCAAGCUGAGGAGGGAGCUGCACCUGGGUCGGAGGAGACCAAAGCAACCUCCCCUCAAGGGCCAGCAGUGGGGCUGGAAGGCCCUUCCAGGUCCCAGGACCAAUCCCAGAGAACAGGACCUGCAGUGGGAGAGCAGCACUUGGAGACCCAGAAUGGAAUUGGGGUCCCAAGUGAAGGUGCUGCUGGUGGGGUUGCGUCCCCCUCUGGAGAUCCUUUGGAGAGGGAUGUGGGGCUCACAGCUGUGAGGGAGAGUGAGGAGAAGCAGCUGGAUCCCCCUAUCCCCCAGCAGGAAGAGGAUUCCCAAGCCCCAGAAAGAAAAAGAGGGAAGAAACAAGAGGGAAACAAGCAGGAAAGGGGAUUGAAGAGAAAAGGAGGGAAGAAACAUGAGAAAAACAAACAGGGAAAGGGAUUGAAGAGAAAAGGAGGGAAGAAACAUGAGGACAACAAGCAGGAAAUGAGAUUGAAGAGAAAGAGAGGGAGGAAGGAUAAAUUUGAGGAUUUGAUGGAUGGCAUUGAGGAGGAGGAGGGGGAUGAAGGCAGGAAUUGGGAAGGGGGACAGGGAAGAGCCAAAAAACAGAGGAGCAACAGCAGCCAGGGAUGGGAUGAAGGGAAAAGAAAGCAGGAGAAGGGGAAAGCAAAGAAGCAAAGCAGGGAGAAAGUGAAGAGGGUGGAAAAGGUGGGGAAGAGGAAAAUGAAGACGGAAAAAUUGCUGAAAGAGGAGCAAGAGAUGGAGAAAGAUGAAGAGGGAGAGAAGGGAAUCUCCCAAAGACCUGGAACAGAGCAGGAGGAUUUUUGGGAUGCUUUUUGGGAGCCUGUGGCAAACCCUGUUCUGGGAGAAGCCGUUAUCCCAGACAGAGAUAUCCCUGGAUAUCCCUGGAUCUUUGAGGUGGCCCUUGAAGGAUAA